GCCCCGCCCGGCUCUCGCCGCGGGGCGCCAGUUGGUGGCUCGCUCUCGCUGCGCAGCUCGGGGCCGGACGCAGCCAGCGGCGCCUCCCCCCCCCCGCCGGGGCCCCCCGCCCCCUCCCCCUUCCGCAGCCGCGGCCUGAAGAUGAGCUUCCUCUUUGGCAGUCGGUCCUCUAAAACAUUCAAACCCAAGAAGAAUAUUCCUGAAGGCUCCCAUCAGUACGAGCUCUUGAAACAUGCAGAAGCAACCUUGGGAAGUGGUAAUCUUAGACAAGCAGUUAUGUUGCCAGAAGGAGAGGACCUCAAUGAAUGGAUUGCAGUUAACACUGUGGAUUUCUUCAAUCAGAUCAAUAUGUUAUAUGGGACCAUCACAGAAUUCUGCACAGAAGCAAGCUGUCCAGUGAUGUCUGCUGGACCAAGGUAUGAAUACCAUUCAGAUGGUACCAAUAUAAAGAAACCAAUUAAAUGUUCAGCUCCGAAGUACAUUGAUUAUUUGAUGACGUGGGUUCAGGACCAGUUGGAUGAUGAAACCCUCUUUCCUUCAAAGAUUGGUGUCCCGUUUCCUAAGAACUUCAUGUCUGUGGCAAAGACUAUAUUGAAGCGUCUCUUUAGGGUCUAUGCCCAUAUUUACCACCAGCACUUUGACUCUGUGAUGCAGCUCCAGGAGGAGGCCCAUCUCAACACCUCCUUUAAGCACUUUAUCUUCUUUGUACAGGAGUUCAACUUGAUUGACAGGCGUGAGUUGGCUCCUCUUCAGGAACUAAUUGAAAAGCUAGGAUCCAAAGACAGAUAAAUUUUCCCUGGAAGAAUUCUUUCUGCUUUCAAACAUGGUUACUCUUUCUUGCUUCGUAUGCCAGCUGCAGCUAUUUCUUUACCACGUUGUCUUAGUGGCACAAUCCCUGAGAAACCAGGUACUCCAGCUAGCGAGUCUAAAACAGAUGCUUUCCAGUAUAGCACAGUUACUGCCCUUCUUCCAUUUUAGUAGCUGGUGUGGGGGCUUCAUUGCAAAGAGGUCAAUUUCAUGUAAAAUCCAAGGUCUGCAAUUCAG